AUGACUGAGUUUGAGCUUGUUUGCCUCCUCCCGCUGGCUUUCGACCCUUUCCAGCGGCUUUGGGCUUGCGACCAUGUUGGACCAAGCAGUUUCAUUGGAAAGGCGCUGGCCUUUGUAAUCUCCCAUGGUGUUUGGCUUGUUGGGCCUCACACCCAAAACAACGCAGAAGGCAAGGAUAGGCUUGCCCAGAGUGCGCAGCUGCGGUCCACAAGGUAUAGUUCCUUGGCUGCGGCACUCGCCGCAAAAGGCUUGCCGUUGGCGCUGACGGCAGCCGGGGACCUCAGCUUCAGCUCGGCUCACGAAGGGCUUGGGAGUGCCCCUGCGCCCUUGGUGGCCAUCCCACCGCUGCCACCGGCAUUGGGCGCGGCACCAGAAAUCUUCGAGUCAGCACCGCUCCUCCCACCCCUUCCCACCAGGCCUCCAGAGCCCCCGCCUCCCCCCGCACCUCCCCCGCCGCCCCCUCCACCCCCAAACUCGCCUCCACCGCCGCCGGCACCCCCAGACAACAAGCCAAAGCAUGAGGAGAAGAAGGAGGACAAGGCCACGGCCAGUCUCUCCGAUUGGUCCGAGCACAAAGAUGCCAAGACCGGCCAGACGUACUUCCACAACCGAGCGACCGGCGAGUCUACCUGGUCGAAUCCCGCGCUCGCCAAAGCUGCAGCGCCAAGAACGAAGGAGCCCGAAGCUGGUCUCAUCCCGGGCACCAAGGAUCCGGUUCAGGAGGAGCCAAAGCCUGCUCCAAAGCCGUCGCCUGCCGCCAAAGCUGCUGAGCCGAAAGCUGCUACAUCUGCACCAAAGCAUGUGGAGACGAGCAGCGAUCAGCCCGAGCUCUCUGCCCUAAUCGUCUUCGAAGACGCUGUUGGCUUGGGCUUCGCAGAUGUCGCCCGCGAGCUUCUGCUGAGCAGCGGCUGCGCCAUUCUUCUGGAUAGGCCUUGCCCUCUGGACAUGCUCACCCUGCGACUGCUCCUCGGUUGCUCGGCGAGAGGCUCUGGACAGAGGGACGGCGUCGAGGCUUCCUUGCAGCUGUGGCUGCAUCAUCUUCAGGGCCACCAGCACCACCUUUUCGUGGUGCGCCGAUCGGGGGCCAUAGCCCUCCUUUUGCAGUUCUGCUUCGGGCCCUACCUGCGGCGCCAAUUUCGAGAAGCUGCUUCGCACGGUCCCUUGACCUCCACUUGGCCCUUCCUCCACCUGGAGGAGGAUCUGAGGCCAUGGCCGCCACCUAUGUUGCCAUGUUUGCAGUCCCUUCUUUCCGGCUCCCCUCCGGCGCACUUGAGCGGGAAGGGUCCGGAACUGGAGCAGGCGAGCAAACCAAUUUCCGCUCCCGUCAUUGCGACGGCAUGCCAUUCCCGCGCUCACGCUUCUGCCGUGGUCGGUCGCCUUGCCGCUGAGCUGCUCCAGAGCCAGGAGGUUGUGCUGGUGAUGCGCGGGUCUGCGGACGAGACUGACUUCCAGUCGGCGCGCAAGACGUUGUCUGCGCCGCCUCUCGGCUUCGUGGAACUUCUGUACACCACUGACCCGGCCGUGAUAGGCGACGCGAUGGUCUCGGCAUCUGCUAGGCCGUCAGCAUUGCAUCCUGAAAGGGUCAUGCCAGUAUCCAUCCUCCGGGCAGGCUUGGGGUAUUCCGAGACGAGCACUUCCUGGUGUGACAAAGCUCCUGACGGCGCUGCAAGAGGUUUGGCAAGGGUGGCGUUGUUCUCGCGAGUUUGCGGGGCCUACGAAGUGAAGGCCUUCUCUUCCCUGCUUCAGCGCAGGGCACGCAGCCUGGUGGCAGAGGACGAUGGUUUCGCUUGCGCGCUUUUCGAGGCUUACAAGGCUCUCGAGCAGAAGGGGGUUGUCCUCGUGUGGCAGCCAACGGACGUGGACCUUGCCAUUGCCAGUGUUUGGCCAGACUGUGCGGCGCCGGCGCCUCUUAUGCCACUGAGCACGAAGCUAGCAGAUCGCUGCCUCCGCCUUGCUGAUCCUGACCUCGGGCUGGGCCGGCUGUUGGGCAUCCUACCAGACGGAAGGCCUAGAACGGCUUUGGCAACCUGGCCGGCUGAUGUGGUGCUUCCUGGCGCCGAGCACGGGGAAUUCACAGUGGCUGGUCGCAGGAUUUGGAGCGAGACGGUCGAAGGUCAGUUUGCCUCGGCUUUGGCCAUGACCAAGCACGUGUUGCGGCUCCUCUUCUUUGCCUCUGGGUGCCGCGGGCAGGGUCCUGGGCCAUUCCGCUACUCUUUGCUUCAGUUUCCGCGAAACUUGGCUCCGGAGGACAAGCCUUGGGUUACCAUCGCCGUGCGCGAUUCUGUUCCAUGGAGAAGCUUGGAUCGGCACCCCGAGGUCUACCAAACGACUCCGCGACUUCGCCCGGUGAAAUUAUGCAUUACUGAGCUGAAAGCUCUGCGCCUGGAAGGAGAAGUUGUUGCUGAAGAUGCUGCGGGCGGAAAGGUUUCCAAAGGUUGGCGAUUGAGUCCCGGGGGUGAUUUGCCCGCGGUCGCACCGACUGCAGUCUUGGCUGCGGAGCUGUUGGGGGUCAAGUCGGAUGCUGUGACAUCGCCGAAAGCAUGCGAAAAGCCCUCGCAAGGAUUGGCCGAGUUGGUCAGCAGCUGUAAGGAGGUGGAUUCUGCGACCCUCAUUUUCGACACGGCCCCGAACGAGCUGAAGGCUACCGUGCCUGCCACGAGAGCACUCCCUGUGGACCUCUGCUUCCAGGCUCGUGGUGCAGAAGAGUUCUUGACCAAGACCUUCGAAGUGCCACGGCGUGGCCACAUGCAGACGGAAGCCAUGUUGCUCGGUGCAAGCCUUGCACGCCUGGCGAUCCAGAAUGAAGUCGCGCCCUUGGAGUGGACAAAUGCCGCUGCCGCACUGCAACGGGCGGAGCAGGCGCUACACGGCUGCUCGAGAAGCUUGCAGCAACUCUACUGUCGUGAGAUGCCAGACUGGCUGCUUACAGAAUCAGCACCAAGCAGAUCAAAGCCGCGGUGUCGGACACUGUGCAACGAGGCAGUUGGUGACGUGGUCGAAGCAUGGAAGCUUCUGUCCUCUGAGAGCACCGUCACAGACCUUGGCGAGUACUUCACUAAUCAGUUCCUGUCCUUGAGCUGCUACGGCUCGCUGAUCGCGACACAGCCUGCCAGCUACCUCAGCGCAGAAGGGCCGUUGUUGGCCAGUGAGGUGCUGGUCAACUACACCGGCGCGCAGCCUGAGCUACACAUUUGGGGAGCACUUCCGGUACUGUCCAAGCCCGGUCGCUUUGCAGCCCAGCUGUGGAUGAUGCUCCGCUUGGACAAGAGUCUGCGAAGCUAUGGUGAGGCGUCGCCGGCAUUGACUGACGGCUUCCUGCAGUGUUACCUCAAGGAGGCGUCAAGUGGCAGUUCGGUGGCAGCUGUUCGCCUGCGGCUUCACUGUGUGCCGCACCGUCGGCAAGAAGAGUGGAGCAAGCAAGCACUAAGUUAA